AAACAAUUCUGAAUGCUGUUUCAUUCAAGCAGUAAUAAUCAACGUCAUAGAGCUUAAAUCUGUAUAUCUUUAGAGUUUGUGUCAAAAUCAUUCGAGUUUUAAACGCUGGCGCAGUAACAUUUGAUCGAAUCUAAACCUGACAUCGCGUAAACGUUCAAAAUCCAAAUUCUUUCAUUAUUAUACUCAUACACACACUCGCACUUUUAUUACGUUGCAGUUUUGCGAUCCGAUCAUUAAAAAGUAAACAAGUUUCGACACAUUCUACACAUCAGACGAAUUAAAAUGGAUGCUGCGACCAUGUCAUCGAUACCCAACAACAAAUCAACGCCCAGUGGUGGCUUCUCUCUGCUGAACCUUGAGAAUCGCGUCUUUUGUUGUUUCUUACUAUGGACCAGUGUUUUGGUUGGCAAAAUGUUGUUGAUGUCUAUGCUAACGGCAUUGCAACGCUUCCGCAAUAAGGUAUUCCCAAAUCAAGAGGAUCUGUUUUUCAAGAAUAUAGAAGUAGCUUUCAAUGAUCCACAUGUGGAAAGAGUUAGAAGAGCCCAUCGCAAUGAUAUGGAAAAUAUUCUGCCCUACUUCACCAUGGCCUUACUUUACAUUUGCACGGAUCCAAAUCCCACAAUUGCCUGCAAUCUGUUUCGCGUAGCCUCUGUGGCACGUAUUAUUCACACCUUGGUGUAUGCCUUCCGUCCGGUGCCACAACCAUCAAGAUUUUUAGCUUUCUUUGUAAUGUUCCUCAUUACCAUUUAUAUGGCAAUUGUUGUUGGUUUUGAAAAUUUGAAAUAUAUUUAAAUUAAAA